AUGAAGCACAGUGAUGAAACUGUGUCCUGUUUCAGAGAUAUACACCCUGGAGCUCCUCAUCACUAUCUGGAUGUACCAAGAAAAUAUGUGGGCAAUUGUAAAUCUCUCGGCAAAGAGCAUGUACCAUUAGUGGAGAAGUUGGUGGAAACCGGGAAAGAGAUACUUCAGAAAAACAAUGUGACUGAUUUAAAUGGCGUUAGGUUUGGGUUCCACUGGCCUCCGUUCUGUUCUGUCACACAUCCGCAUCUCCAUGUUCUCGCACCCGUCAGUCAGAUGGGCUUCAUGUCCCGCGUGGUCUACAGGUUAAACUUGUAUUGGUUCAUUACUGUAAGCAAUCAAAAGAACCGACCAACAAUACAAUCCACUAUUCACUAUAAUUUAGUUCACAACUAAAUUACAUCCACUAAAACGAAUAAUCACAUUCCCUUGGAGCAGGUUAU